UUAUAUUAGUGCAGAACACUGUACCUUUAAUUUAAUGCCUUGGAGUCUGUGGGGAAGAGAAAUAAAUACUACAGUACAGGUAUGACAUGAAAGAUGAGUUGCCGGUCGAUCUUUAGAUUCACCGCACACUUCACCUCAUUUGGGCAGUCACGGGGCCAAAAAAUAAUCCCAGGGUGUGGAGCCACAGUGUGGCGGUGGAGGCUGCAAGCAAUGGAGCCAUACAAGCACCUAUGACAAAAAUGGAACCCACCAGCAGUGUGAGGAGACCUGAAAGUGGCACAUGGCAGAGUGUGGCGAUGGAGACAGCAGCAAUGGGAGGCCGUACAGGGACCCAU